ACUCAUUCUAAAAACACUUCCCCUCCUCCCCUUUCUUUUCAUGCCCUCCCAUAUCUCUUUGUCCAAUUAACAUUACAUUAUUGUUUUUCUUAGCCUGUCUCUUUUCAAAUUAACACAAAUUUAAUUCUCAAUCAUUAUUUAUUAAUUUAAUCCAUUCAUCUCAUUCAUACUCCUAAGUUCCCCCCCACAUAUAUAUUGCUUUCUAUAUAUAUUGUCUUUCUCCAACUAAAACAUUAUAGAGACCUUCUCCUUUUCAUUUUGGGUUUCUCUUCAACUCUCUCCUUUCUAGCUUUCUCAAUUCCCCAAUAUCUUUACUUUACCCGAGUUUAUUAUUGAUCUUUUUUCAAAAAUAAUAAAGGAGUGAGGGGAGGGGAGGGAAUUAUUAUAUCUGACAAUUUUUUUAAAAUUUGAAUUUGUUGAAUUUUGAAAGAAACAAAAACAAUGUCGGGGAGAAGCUCGCGUUCUCGGCGCUCGGGUGUUGGUUCCAGGAAUAUUUCUGACGAACAAAUUGCUGAUUUGAUAUCCAAAUUACAACAGCUCAUUCCUGAGAUUCGCAACGGCCGUUCCUCCUCUAGGGUAUCAGCUUCAAAGGUUCUACAAGAGACAUGCAACUAUAUAAGAAGCUUACAGAGAGAGGUGGAUGAUUUAAGCGAUCGAUUAUCAGAACUAUUGGCAUCAACAGAUCCUGAAAGUGCUCAAGCUGCCAUAAUUAGAAGCUUACUUAUGUAGUAAUAUUAAUCAUCCAAAUUCCCUGAGUUUAAUUACCUUCUUCUAUACACAUAAUUUGCUCUUCACCCAACCACAACCCCCUCCUACCCAUCCAUGCAAUUAAAUUAAUAUAAACAUAUAUAAAUUAAAGUCGUAUAAUAAAAGGGAUAUUGUGAUCUCUAGGCUUUACUUUAAUUAAUUACUCUCGUAGAUAAUAUAUAUAUAUAUAGCUAAAUUUUGUUGCUUAAUGGUGAUCAGAGAAGAAAUUAUGUGUAACGCAUGAAGAGCUGGGCGAAUAUAUUAUAUUUGUUCCCACAAUAUAAUAUCUUAUAAGGUUGAGCUUUA